AUGCACAACUCGAUCGUCUUCGUCGCGGCACUCGCCGGCUCUGCCGUCGCCGCCAUCAGUAACCCCCAUCCUGACCACAUUCGCCGCGAUAUCCUCCCCCGCCAGACCGAAACCAUGGCCUCGGCCGACCCCUGCCUCAACGCCCUGGCUACCGUCUACGCCAACGCGCCGACACCGCCUGCGAAGGUAGUCUCCUACGAGAUGACCGCCCCUGUCCAGACGAACCCCUGCAGCGUCACCGUCCCGUCCGACCUCAGCUCCGACUACGCCAGCUAUACCUCCGCAGUCCUCAGUUGGGUCGAUUCCAACUCGGCCUCCAUCGCCUCCGCUCUGUCUCAGUGCUCCACGCUCACCGAUUUGACGACCGAAGUCCCUGUCUGCACUGCUACCGGCGGUUCUGGUGGUUCCAAGGCGACAGGCGGUGCUGGCGGCUCUAGCAGCGGCGGUACCAAGUCACCCAACGCCGGUCCUCGUGAGACUGGUGUCGUGGCUGUUGUUGUUGCUGCCGCCGGUAUCGUCGGUGCUGCUUUGCUGUGA